AUGGAUGAACAAUUUUUGCAAGAACCAACGCUCGCUUUUCUUGAAUCUCAUCAAAAUCAUUUACGUGCCUCAUCUGCAACAGAAAUCUAUGUUUUAUCACUAUCGAAACUAAAACUCAGUUCCAUUGGUGAUAUUGGUCAGUUCAAUCAUCUACAAAUCUGCGAUUUAAGUUCGAAUUUCAUCGAGUCUAUCGAGAGUUUACUUCUCAAUUGUCGACAACUGAUUAAACUUGAUUUGCAUUCUAACCGGAUUAGCAAAUUACCUGACGGACAGUUAUGGCAAGAAAUGUUAAAAUUGAAAAUUCUUUACCUACACGACAAUCUUAUGUCAUCUUAUGAUGAUAUUAGAUGUCUUUCCUAUGCUCCAACUUUGGAUAUUUUGACUUUGUACGAUUCGCCGUUGAGUCUGAAGAAAAAUUAUAGACAUCAUGUUGUUAAUAGCAUCUGGACACUAAAGGCUCUAGAUGCAUACGUGGUUGCGGAUGAUGAAAUCAUUGAGAAAACUCAUUUUCGUGAACCGUUCACUGCAUGUACGAACACGUUUAAAUUAAAUCUCUACAUUCCAACUGGUAAAGAUGGAACUUCCAAAACGGAACGUCAAGCGAUUAAUCAACUCUAUAAACAAAUCAAUCGAAUUCAAUCACACUGUUGUCCGGUGCUCAUCCUACAGAAGAACUUUCGAAUGUGGCUCGUACACUUGCGAUUGAAAAAGUUGGCUUUAUCUAAACAAAAACCUAUUCCAGGAUUUCUACGUCGAAGAAUAUAUUCACCGGGAGCUGCUUCGUCUAGCAGAGUCUCGCUAUAUCCCAAACAAUCCCGAGUGUCAUUGUUCACCGAUCCAACCUCUCAGACGGAAUUCAAUAAACCUGUUGAACCAGUCCAAAAUAAACGUCAUAUUCGGAUUCAAAUGAACCAGAUCAUCAACAGUCAAACUGAUCGAGUUAGCAGUGCCAAACAACCAUCAACGAAAAAAGGUGUCUCGAAAUCUUCCAAUGCCGAUGAAACCACUUCAAUCGUUCGUGGAAAGAAAUCUGAACUUGUAGUCUGUGAACCGGUCGAAGAACUAAAUGACGAAAUACGCGCAGCUAGACAAUACGUACAAGCCAUAAAAGAUGAAUCACAUCUCAAACAACGUAAACGCAUCGACGAAAUCAAAGAAAACAAUACUGCCGACCGACAACCGGUUAAAUAUCAAACAGCCGAUGAUCGACUGUUGAGAACCAUUCACGGCAGUAUGGCAUUAGGAUGUUUAGUAGCCAUUGAUAAAGCCUACGAUGAUCGAGCAAAGAUCGAACGACGGAAAUAUCUCGUACAAGAUGUCGAACAAAUCAGACAGGACCACAGCUUGAAUAACGCAUACAUACAGCACAUAAAUGAUGAACGUCUUGCGGCAAUUCAUCGUGCUAAAGAUCAAGAUCGUAAGAAACAAGUGUACAAUCGUCAUCGUCUUGAUCAUGCUCAAAAUGAGUUGCACGAUACUGUUCAAGAACAUCGCCUUCAACUUCUUGAACAACAAGAAAAACGUCGCGCUCAGAUUGCAUUCUCUCAAGGUUUUAAUGCUCAGCAUAUAUCGAUUUCGAAUGCCUUGAAACAUCAUGAAAAUAACAUUCGAAAUCAACGAAAAGCACGGCAGGCACGAGAGUCAGUGACUCGAAAGAAACAAAAUGCCGAAGAACAAGCGAGAGUUAUCGAAAAAUACUUAACACAACGAAAGCAUGCCCGCCGAGCUCUAUCCAACAUCGAACGAAAACAUUUAGAUAUUCAAACUAUGCAAGAUGCCAGUGAUCGACUUUUACAAGCUCAGCAACGUGUUGCACAUAUACGUGCGAGAGACUCGAACAUUCGUCAAUUCGGAGUGCUGAGAAUGACACCACAUACGGACGAUACCCGACAACCGAAGACGCAAAGUUUAGCAGAAUCCAUGGCUGAACGUGAGUCUCUCUUCGAUAUCAUUACUGAUCAUAUGGCUGCUCAACAAACAGUUCAAUAG